ACCACAACCACUGCAACCUCAACUCCAACCACAAUCCAUCACCGCGAUCAUUUCCAUAAAAAUAUACCCUCGCAAUGAGGACGACCACGUUACCUUUUUACAGUGGCCAUUGAUCCAAGCAUGGAUGACAUAGCUGGCCUCAAGUGGGAUUCGAAUGCGGGUAAUUCACGGAAGCCCCCGACCUCGAAUUACUCUGCGUUUACUUCCCUGAAACCAACCCCUCCCCCGUCUGGACGAGCCUCUCCCUUCCCUGCUGCCUUAAGCAAACCCCCCUCGAAACCAGCUACUCCUUCCAACGAUAGCUUCGCCGGCCUGGUUGCUUUCGGUUCCGGGCCAAGUAAGAAUCUGUCUCUACAGGAACAACAGAAGCGGCUUCUAGAGUCCAAACUCCUCCAACAGCAAGCCAAAGACCAAGCAGCUGCAGAACAAUUCCAGGGUGGCGAUGAUACUUUUUGGAAUAACUUCGGAAGCGGCAGGGGGACGCCAGCCGUAGCCAAGUCACCACCGCUCCCCUAUGUUCGUUCGAGUCAGCCUGUUCAACAUGACGACGGCGAAGACGACGACCUUUUCGCAGCUUUCAAUCAACCAGCCACUGGAGCAAAAACUAGUACAAAUGGGACCGUACAGAAGAAGAUCCUUGUAGAAGAUGGCGACGAUGACGAUCCUUUUGGACUGUCCGAAUUCACUUCUCGAGGAACCAAAGCAGCCGAGACAAAUGCUCCAAUUGUUGGCGGUGACGAUGACGAUGUCCUUGGUCUGUUAGGGAAACCAGUAUCCUCUGUUCGACCGUUGCCGAGGCCCUCUAGCAGUAGUGUUUCUAACAGUCCUGCUGAUGUGCAUCCUCAAGAUAAAGCAGUCGCGGAGCUUGUGGACAUGGGGUUUCCGGCUGACAGAGCGAAACAAGCACUGGAAUCGACUGAGACCGGCUUGGAUGUACAAGCAGCCGUAGGUUAUCUAUUGAACCAGGCCCAUUCUGAAGCCCAGGAGAGAGCUCGGGGUCAAGAUAGAUCGAAAGCACCUGGGCGGAAUGUUUCAAGGGUGUCGGAGGCAAGAUCACCUCCAGGCCAGCAACGGACCUACAAUGAACGAAAUCGACAAGAUCAUGAACAAAUCCCGGCAUCAUCUCGGGGUCCUGAGAAAGACUUUGAGCGCAUGGCAGGCGAAUUUGGCAAUCAGCUACUGAAGAGUGCUGGCUCGUUCUGGAAACAGAGUACCAAAAGGGUUCAUCAGGUUGUCCAGGACUUUGGUUCUGACAGCGAACCAGGGACACAGCCUCGGUGGAUGCGUGACACGGAAAGGCGCCACAUCGCAACAAAUAACCCACAGACUACUCAAUUUGAGGAUCAAGGCUCCCGAAGACGAAGUCCUAGGAAUGAGCCAGCUCUGCAUGUUACCGAUGAAGCAUUAAUGCUGGAAUCUAGUAGACCAAUCACCCAGCCGCGAGAACCAAGAGCCGAAGAGCCCUAUCACAGAUUUGGUGACAGUCGGGGCCAUUCACCCAAUUUCUCCCAGCGGCCUGCAGAACCUACACUCCCACUUCGAGAGGCGCAUGAAAAGCAACCAGCUUUUCUUCGCCCUAGCAUCUCCCCUCCAAUAACGACAACGAGAUCAUCAUUGAAUAGACAGGCAGCCGAAGAGCAGGCGGCUCAGGCAUAUACAAGUUCCGCCCGACGGCGAAAACCGCAGCCGACACCCGACCUUAUCGCCCAAAUAGAGCCACAUGCCCGCGAGAAUGGCUCGCAGGACGCCUCCUCGAGAAACAAACCAGCAGCUGUGUUCGAACGCCAUCCACAACGUCCUCCGCAACCAACACUGACCCGGAUCGAGACACCCGUCAACCCUCCCGCGCCGGCUCGUAACAUUCCACCGAUAUCAGCCAUCAGCCUUAAGGCAGUCCACACCCACCGUGAACAGGGCAACGCACACUUUCAACGCGGCGAUUAUUCCGCAGCACACCAGUCGUAUGCAACCUCUAUUACGCAUAUUCCUGCCGCUCAUCCUCUCCUUAUCGUCCUCCUGACCAACCAUGCUCUUACCGCCCUCAAGACAGGCGAGCCGAAAGUGGCCAUCACUGACGCCGAUAAAGCUAUUGCCAUCAUUGGGGUAUCUAAGGGUGAAUCAGAGUCGAUCGAUCUCGGAAGUAACACUUCUUCAAAGCGGAUGCGUGACUACUACGGCAAGGCACUGAUGCGGAAAGCCGAAGCACUGGAGCAGAUGGAAAAAUGGGCCGAAGCAGCAGCUGUCUGGAGAUUGGCUGUCGAAGGCGGGCAUGGUGGCUCGACAAGCAUACAGGGCAGGCUUAGAGCCGAGAAAGCGGCCAGUCCGACGACGCAGAAGCCAGUCUCAGCGGGGCCGAAGCGCUCUGCUGUGUCUGCCCCGAGGCGGCCGGCGCCAGCUCGAAACUCACCUGCUCCAGCAACUGCCGCAGCAGCAGUGACCAGGCUCCGUGCCGCGAAUCUCGCCGCCGAAAAGGCCGAUGAGGAAAAGUUUCGGCUCGGUGACUCGGUCGAUGCACGAGUCUAUGCGUGGAAAAACGGGAAAGCCGACAAUCUGCGCGCCUUGUUGGGUUCGUUGGAAAAUGUCCUUUGGGAGGGAAGUGGAUGGAAAAAGGUCAGCAUGGCGGAUUUGGUCUUGCCACAGAAGGUCAAGAUUCAGUACAUGAAGGGCAUUGCCAAGGUUCACCCCGAUAAGAUCCCGACGGAUGCCACAACAGAGCAGAGGAUGAUUGCCGGGUCCGUCUUUAGCACCUUGAACGAAGCCUGGGACAAAUUCAAAGCGGAAAAUGGACUAUAAUGGGCAAAGAAGUGUCCGUCCGACGGGAAUUAUCUACGAUAUCCAAUGCUAGAAGUAAGUGUUCAUCUUUGGGAAGAACAAUGGAACCUUGACUUCCAAGGGCGGACGACUCUAUACAUGCAUAAUAAGACAUUGAUCAUCUGUUCAAAGCCUUGUCGCAGACAGACGCUUCUCGGGUAAAUUGUUGGUACACUUGGGAGACAGGCCAGGUCAGGAUGUGUGCUGUCACCUCUUCUUACCACCAAUCUUGAC